AUGCAAGAUGUUGAUAUUCUACAAAUAUUCUAUUUGAUAAGAUUAAACAAACGUGAAGACAGGAUGAAUGAGAAGUCAACAAGAAUGUCAAGCAUGCCAGAAGAUGAGGAGAUUACGACUGAACAGACAACACCUGAGAUGAAAUCUGCUUCAACACGUAAGUCAUCUGAUUACUUAGAUUUCUCAGAAUCAAGUCUAUUCUGUAGUAGUAGUGUGAGUGGAAAUUGUGGACAGUGUGCUGGAAUGUAA